AUGAGAGAUACAGUGCAAUUGAAUGCAUUAGCUGUAUAUGGAUUAGAAAAAUUUUUCAGUCGUAAGGAAAGAGUCGAUAUGUUAAGAACAUUUGGAGGUGUCCCAAGUAUGUUACCAAAAGGGGGGGAAGUUAUCUGGGGUAAUGCUACCUAUGCUCCAGAUGAUCCUUCGAACACUUUAUUGACACCAUUAAGCUCUAAUGAGACACUUCCCGCAGGACCCAAGGGAGAGACAUUUGGAACCUUUAUCAGACUUGAUGGGACUUCGAAAAGGAACUUUACCAUGGAUGAAAGUAUUGAUUAUGUACUCGAAAAAUCACCAGAAUGGUUCAGCAAAAGAGUAAGAGAGCAGUAUUCUUUUGGAAUUGCAAAGACCAAGAAAGAGUUAAAACGUAAUAACCAUGAUCAUCUGAAAUGGUCUAAUCCAUUAGAAGCAGCCUUGCCAAAUGCUCCUGAUAUGAAAAUGUUCUGUUUCUACGGUAUUGGAAAGCCAACUGAAAGAGCAUAUUACUACCACGAUGCUGACCCAUCUGUUAAAUUAGACCAUACUAUUAAUUCUGAAGUCGAAAAUCCAGUUUUAUUAGGUGAUGGAGAUGGUACCGUGUCUUUGUUAACUCACACAAUGUGCCACGAAUGGCAAAAAGGAAGCAAGUCAAGGUAUAAUCCAGGAAAUAUGUCUGUAACCGUUGUUGAAAUUAAACAUGAACCUGAUAGAUUUGAUAUAAGAGGUGGGGCUAAAACUGCUGAUCAUGUCGAUAUUUUAGGUUCUGCAGAGCUUAAUGAAUUAAUUUUAAAAGUUGCAGCUGGUAAAGGCGAUAUGAUUGAAAACAGAUAUGUUAGCAGAUUACGUGAAAUUGUUGCUGAGAUGGAUAUUUAG